CUGUGCCUGUGCUCGGGGCCGGCAGCGGCAGGGGCAGCGGACGGACGGGAUGGGCCGCUAGCUGCCUGGGCUACCAGGAUGCCGCCGCGGAGCGGGCGUCUGCUGCUGUUGCUGCUGCUGCCGUUGCUCUUUGGAGACGCUUCCCGAGCCCGGGGCAAGUCCCCUCCGGAGCCCCCCAAUCCACAGGAGGUACUCAUCAAGGUCCAGGUGUAUGUCAGUGGGGAGCUAGCCCCUCUAGCACGGGCCUCUGUUGAUGUGUUUGGGAAUCGGACCCUGCUGGCCACAGGCACCACAGAUGCAGAGGGGGUGGCCACGCUGCCUCUCAACUACCGCCUGGGCACCUGGGUCCUGGUCACUGCUGCCCGGCCUGGCUUCCUCACCAACUCAGUGCCCUGGCGAGUCGACAAGCUGCCCUUGUAUGCCUCCGUCAGCCUCUAUCUGCUUCCUGAACGUCCUGCCACCCUCAUCCUCUAUGAGGACCUCGUGCACAUUCUGCUGGGCUCCCCAGGUGCCCGCUCGCAGCCGUGGGUUCAGUUCCAACGCCGGGCAGCUCGCCUGCCCCGAAGCUCCACCUACAGCCAACUCUGGGCUUCACUUACCCCCGCCAACACAGAACAGGAAAUGAGAGCCUUCCCUGCCUUCUUGGGCACUGAAGGCAACAGUUCAGCCAACAGUUCCUGGCUGGAGCUGACGCCCCUUGCUGCAGUGAGCGUCCACCUGCUGACCGGCAAUGGCACCGAGGUGCCUCUGUCAGGGCCCGUCCACUUCUCAUUGCCCCUCCCCCCGGGACCUCGAGCCCUUGCCACCAGUAGUGUCCCCGCCUGGAGAUUUGACCCCAAGAGUGGACUUUGGGUACGGAAUGGGACAGGAAUGAUCAGAAAGGAAGGACGACAGCUCUACUGGACCUUCAUCUCCCCUCAGCUGGGUUACUGGGCUGCUGCCCUGGCCUCCCCUGCUUAUUCUGGCACAGGAUUGGUGACUGUGACAUCGGGCAUCAAAGACAUCAGCACCUACCACACCAUCUUCCUGCUCACCAUCCUGGGGGCCCUAGCUCUGCUUGUGCUCAGUCUGCUCUGCCUCCUCAUCUACUACUGCAGAAGGCGCUGCUUGAAGCCCCGGCAGCAGCUCCACAAGCUGCCUCUCUCUGGGCCCCUGGAAAGCAACAAGAAGGACCAGGCCACCUCUAUGUCUCAGCUCCACCUGAUCUGUGGGGGCUCCCUGGAGCCCCCCUCCUCAGGGGACGCUGAAGCACCGCCCCCCGGGGCCCUGCACUCUGCCUUCUCCAGCUCCAGAGACCUGGCCAGCUCCCGAGAUGACUUCUUCCGUGCCAAGCCCCGCGCAGCUGGCCGGGCGUCGGCAGAGCCCCCUUGUGCCCGGGGACCCGAGGGCUCAGGUCUGAAAGGAGCCCGCUCAGUGGAGGGUCCUGGGGGGCUGGAGCCAAGCCUGGACGAGUACCGCCGGGGAGCCUCGGGAGGAGCCCCCUACAUCCAUGACCCUCCAUCCCCCCCUCCACUGCCCUCGCCCUUUGACCACUUCUUAGGGCACAAGGCCACGGCGGAAGGCAAGGCCCCCGACUUCCUGCUCUCCCAGUCUGUGGACCAGCUGUCGCGCCCCCCGUCCCUCAGCCAAGCUGGCCAGUUGAUCUUCUGCGGGUCCAUCGACCACCUGAAGGACAGCGUCUACCGCAACGUCAUGCCCACCCUGGUCAUCCCCGCCCACUAUGUGAGGCUAGGGGAAUCGGGGACAGCCUCGGGAGACGAAUCGGCCCCCGCCGAAGGCGCCGCUCAAGGCCCGGCCCGACCCUUCCCCCAGCCCGACUCCCAGCGCCAGCUCCUGCAGGGCCACCCGGGCGCAGGCAGUGAGGGCGGAGAGAGCUGGGCAGGUGCCCGGUCCACCCCGGUCAGCGGCUCCGUCACCAUCCCCGUCCUCUUCAACGAGUCCACCAUGGCCCAGCUUAACGGAGAGCUGCAGGCCCUCACCGAGAAAAAGCUGCUGGAGCUGGGGGUGAAGCCCCACCCCCGGGCGUGGUUCGUGUCUUUGGACGGGCGCUCCAACUCGCAGGUGCGCCAUUCCUACAUCGACCUGCAGGCAGGUGGCAGCAGCGGUGGGCGCAGCACCGACGCCAGCCUGGACUCGGGUGUCGACGUGCACGAGGCCAGGCCCCUGCCCCGGCGCCGGCCGCAGGGCCCCCGGGGGGAUGAUCGGGCCCCGGCCGCGGCCCCCGCCCCCCCGCCGGCCCCGCCCCGCCUGGCCCUGAGCGAGGACACGGAGCCCAGCAGCAGCGAGAGCCGCACGGGCCUCUGCUCCCCCGAGGACAACUCCCUGACUCCGCUGCUGGACGAAGCGGUAGCCCCCGAGGGCCGGGCGGCCACGGUGCCCAGGGGCCGGGGCCGCAGCCGGGGAGACAGCUCCCGCAGCAGCGCCAGCGAGCUGCGGCGGGACUCCCUCACCAGCCCCGAGGACGAGCUGGGUGUGGAGGUGGGCGAUGAGGCGGGGGACAAGAAGAGCCCCUGGCAGAGGAGGGAAGAGAGGCCGCUGAUGGUGUUCAAUGUUAAGUAACCGCUCCCCUAGGUGGCGCUGUGGUGGCUCGGGGGCGCCCCAGGCCCGGGCCCUCCUCCAACACAGCCGCGCGCCCCAGCCGGCGGUACUGUCCUCGGAGAGGCGUCUGGCGGAGCCCUCCGUCUCCUGAGGCUGUGGCGUCUGGGGUGGGAGGGGGCCCGGGGCUGUACCUCUCCCCUUUUCCUUUCCCGGGGACCUGGGGAGUGGCCAGGAGGAAGCCUCAGGGGGACGGGCAGGGGGGCUGGUGGGGGAAAACGGAGGCUGAGGGAAGGGGGGAAAGUGGGAGGGGAGAGCUUUGUCCCUUCCCAACAUAUCACGCUCCUCUGGGGGUCCUUCCCCCCUCCCCCAAGUGCCUUUUCUCCCUGGCAGUUCAUUAGGAGGAGGGGCUAGGACUUUCAAGGUACCAGAAAAGGAAUGCCUGGCCCUAAACCCUUAAAAAAAACACAAAACCCUCUUGGAGGCAGGGGGGAAGGGAGAGACUCCCAUCAUUUGUACAAAUACCCUGUAUAUAGAAAGCUCUAUUGUGGGGAAGAUGGGGGUAGGGAGACUGGUCCGAGCUGGGGGAGGGUAGGGGGAGCUCUAGGGAGGACAGGAUCCCUGGGCCAGGAAUGGGGGAAAAGGGGAGGGCGGGAGGGGGUGGCAUGCGUGCUACUCAUUCACCAGCCUGCAAAGUUGGCACCACAUCAUCUAGAACCUGGUCUAGGCCACUGCCAGGAGUGCCCCAGGCAGGCUGCAUUGGGAGAGACGGUGGGAACCAAGAGGCUGGCUUGAGAGACAAUACAUAAAUACGAUUGACUCUGA